AUGGAUCACACACUCUUUGGCUGCCUGCGCAGCCCCCAUGCCACCGCGCAGAGCUUGCACCCUUUCUCCCAGUCUUCUCUUGCCCUGCAUGGAAGAUCUGACCACAUGUCCUACCCUGAUCUGUCUUCUUCUUCUUCCUCUUGCAUAAUAGCGGGAUACCCCAAUGAGGAGGGCAUGUUUGCCAGCCAGCAUCAUAGGGGGCACCACCACCAUCACCACCACCACCACCACCAGCAACAGCAGCACCAGCCUUUGCAGACGAACUGGCACAUUCCUCAGAUGUCGUCUCCUCCCGCCGCGGCCAGGCACAGCCUCUGCCUUCAGCCCGACUCAGGAGGACCCCCGGAGCUGGGCAGCAGCCCCCCCGUCCUGUGUUCAAACUCUUCCAGCCUGGGC